AUGCUACGUCCUGACUCUUCCUUAUAUUCUACUAUCCUUCGCGAACAAACAUAUCUUGCCAUGAGUACCACUAGACAGCAAUACGUCUUCAUGAGCUCACUGGACAAAUGCAAAGACUUUGCAACGGAAUCCAAAGUCUGCAAUGAUCUUCUCAUCUACAACAUCAACACCAGACAUAUAUGUGAAGUUGUCCUCUUAAUAACGACGAGUCAACAAGUUCCUGAAGUUUGUGAUGUAACUACAUUUUCUGCACACAUCAACACUUUCCAAGCUCUUAGAAAUAACAACUGGAUCUACAUACUCCAACGCAAGACUCCGUAUGCUUUAGAAUGCGGAAGCAAAAUGACUAAUGGGGAAAUAUCUGGAGCAGGUAUCAUCAGUCUAGAACAAGGAUGUAAAAUGUACACCGCGUUUGUUACACUCCUAGCUGAGAACACAAAACCAUCAACAUUAGCCAUCCUUUUAUCUAUGUGA